UACAAGUAUUCUAGAAUGAGGCAGGGGGAUGGGCGUAAACUAAAGAUGGCUGUGGUUUUACAAGCGAGGCUUUCAUUACUUGGUUGAAAGUUUGCUAGAGCUUCAAGUAGAGAAGAGACGAAGAUUCUUAUUUGGCUUGUGCGAGCCUUUCAGAAAACUUUUUCAAACUGUUAAUGUUGCUUGGCCGACAAUGUUUAAUAUCAUAGUGAAUGACGCAAAAGAAAUAAAAGAGAAGCUGUGCAGUAAACGUGCUGAAAAUCUUGCUAAAAAUUCUAUUUCAAAUUCUUCUGUGGGGAUGACUACGUCUGUGCAGAGUCUUCAUGAUGGAAUGGCAAUGAAGCUAGGACUUUCACCAAAUACACAAGUGCCAGAUGUUGCAGCAUUAACAGUUAAAGAGGAGUUAGAUGACAUUAAAUUCUACUGUCACUCAUCUGUGUCUAGAACAGAACUGAAGUGUAGUCUCUGUCCUGACACAUUCCAGUAUAUCUCUGAACUGAUGCUCCAUGAACAAAUCCAUAAUGCCGCUAAUCCUGUGGAAUGCCAACUUUGUGGCAGACGGUUCCAGAGCACAUCCAGCUUGAAAGAUCAUUAUAAUAUACAUACAGGUGAACGUCCUUACAGGUGUGAGUUGUGUGCUAAAGCCUUUACUCAGUCUUCCUCUCUUUUAACUCAUAAACGCACUCACACAAUGGAAAAGUCCUAUAAAUGUGAAUUUUGUGCACGACUCUUUAAAGAUGCUUCAAAUUUUAUAAAGCACAGGAGGCUUCAUGGUCAGGGCGGACAAGUCCAGGGAAGAAACCAGAUCUUACCGGAAAAACCCUAUGGGUGCUCAUAUUGUGAAAAGUCCUUCAAGCGCACUUCAGAUUUGAAAGACCAUGAACGUGUCCACACUGGUGAGAGACCAUACCGUUGUAGGAUAUGUCAGAAGUGUUUCACUCAGUCUUCUGUAUUGACUGGUCAUAUGCGUAUUCACACAGGAGAGAGGCCCUUUCAUUGUGAUAUUUGUGGCAAAACAUUUAACAACUCUUCUAAUUUUAAGAAGCAUCAGCGUACACACUCAGUGCGGGAUAUGUUGGCAAAGGUCUCGCGUAAUGGCAGCUUUUCACAUCACAAGCAGCCCCUAAGAAGCAAGAAUGGUACAAGAAGAUUAAAGGGUAUCAAUAGUGGUUUUUGCAAUAAAGGUGUGCGUUUAAAUCUUCCUCAGGGAGUGAUAAUGAAUGAACAACACAACAAAAAAACACUUCAGAAAAUGUCUUCUCAGGGAAUUUGCAACCGUUCCACAAUGAAUGGUAUCCCACAAGCAAGCUUUGGAGGUAAUAGUGUUUCCAAGGAAAACAAAAAACUCUCUGGAGAAGAAAAUGAUAAAAUAGGGUCUCUUGUACUUGAUACUACUGUGACAACUGAUAUGUGUUUAGAAAGCCAAAUUAUCAUGCCUGAAGCCAAAAUAUGUGUGCAUAAGGAUAAUUUAGAGAACCACUUUAAUCUAAAAUCACUCGAGUCUCAGCAGGAUCCAUUUGAAAGCACUCAUUUACACGGAGGUCUACGUGAUAGCAAAAAGCAGGGAAAUGAAUCAUAUAUGCAUAUAGUUGAAGAUGACUUUGCCAAUGGUGCACUUACUGAGUUUCAGAUUUCAAAUUCAAAUGUAGCUCAAAGUGAUAUACAGACAAAAUGUGAUAUUGAUUAUGGUAUAGAAACAGUUCACCCUGGCGAACUGGCUUUGUAUAAAAUGCAAAAUGGCCAUGAAACUGAAUUUGAUGACAUUUGUAGUGGAAAGGAUCUAGCAGAUUCUGAGAAUGUUGCUGAGGACAGGACCAAGCAAUGCUGUAAUCCAAGCACAAUUGACAAACUUAACGACCUGUGUGACCCAGAAUUCCUUGAAAUCGAAGCAAAACCUUAUAUUUGUUUUGUGUGUCUAAAACGUUUUAAAAGGGCUACUGAUCUAAAAGAGCAUUUACGGGUUCAUACAGGUGAAAGACCAUUUGUCUGCAAAAUAUGUGGCAAAGGAUUCACACAGUCAUCUGCCCUUUCUAGUCAUCAACGAAUUCAUACUGGUGAGAAACCUUUCCAAUGUGAGGUAUGUUUCAAGAGGUUCAACAACUCUUCCAACUUCUCCAAACAUAAACGGGUACACACAGGAGAACGUCCACAUAAUUGCCCCUUAUGUGGGAAGAGCUUUCAGGAAAAACGCAGGGUAAAGCGGCACUUGAAAGCAGUUCACCAAAUUCAAGAGUGAGAAGUACACUUUAUUGUAUUUUUAAUAUAACAAGGAUA